ACUUCGCUAAGUCAACUAGUCUGAAUAAAUUAUCUAACUCAAUUAAAUGUUUACGUGCACUGUACUUGAUCUACAGAUCGAUUCCCCACUUGUUGCGCAUGCUAAUGAUAAUUAAAUCUUUGAAUUUCUGACAACUAGUUAGUAUUACACCGUCGCGUCGCCCGUAACAAAUGCAAUUUCAAUUGUAAAUUUGAUACAGGUUUAAUAGUUGCACACUAUUCCGGAAAGUAAAAACAAAAAGCAUGCAGUUUGUGGAAACGAUAUGCUAUCUGAAAACAUUCAUGGUAGUCGUCUUAAGUGGAUGGUAUGAGUUCGUCGUGUAUAAACACUUUAGACGAAACCAAAUUCAACGCAAUGAAGAAGAUAUCCGAGGAAAAUGUGUGGUAGUGACAGGCGGUAGUUCUGGAAUUGGCAGAUCAUCGGCAAGAGAAUUCGCACAACGUGGUGCUACGGUAGUGAUUGGUGAUGUUGAUUUGGAGAACGGACAAAAAGUGGUGCAGGAAAUACAGCAACAGACUGGAAACAAGAAUGUGAGUAUCUUAAAACUGGAUCUGUCCGACAUGGACUCUGUGGAACAGUUUGCGCAAAAAGUUUCUGCUGAGCAUCCCAGAAUAAAAAUACUCCUAAACAACGCAGGAAUUGGAAGCUCAAAGGACGAAAAUAUCAAAACAAAAGACGGAUUCAACAUUCACAUCGCUGUCAAUUACAUGGGGCAUUUUCUGUUGACCAAUCUACUGAUGAAAAAUCUCGAAGCAGAAACACAUCCAAGAAUUGUAGUUACUCUAUCGUCGUAUCUCCUGCUGUCGAAACUCGAUCUGAAUGACAUCAACAUGGACAAAUCGGGAUUCGGUUUCAAGAAUUCUCUGCCGUAUUGCAACACAAAAUACUGUCUAGCCCUAUUCACUAGAGAACUAGGAAGACGAACGAAGGCUCAUGCAUAUGCGCUGUGUCCAGGAAUAGUCGACACUCCCAUCAACAAUUUAGACAACUUUUCGGGAACGUUAAGAUUUUUUUACCGAAUAGCAUUGCGAACGGGAGCGUCAUCAGCAAAUGAGGCUGCAUCAGAAUACGUGAUGUACUGUGCACUGGACAAAACUAUCCAAGACGAAACGGGACAAAUUUAUCGAUUCAGGAAACAUUUCAAUAAAGCCAAUGAGAAAGUAAAUGCUGAAUUGGCGAAAAGUCUGUGGGAGAAAAGCAGCGAGAUGGUGCGACUAAAUGAACGAUUGGAACGAAUAACCAAAAACACGUUAACAUGAUACUGUGUGCUUUCGUGUCCUGUUGAUAGCAUUAAACUUUCGCAAAAGUAUUAAUCUGAAAAACUAUUUUU